GCAGCAGCAGACAACAUGUCGAACCGCAACCCAUUUGAGGAAUAUGCCAACCGACUUCGGGCGCAGGUUGCCAGGACAGGCGGCCGUGGAGGCGGAUUUCCUGGUGGCUCACCGCGGGGCCUCGGCGGCGGCAUCGCUGGUCUCGCCCUUCUCGGUGGCGGCGCCCUGCUCUUCCAGAGCGCCCUCUUCAACGUCGAUGGUGGUCACAGAGCGAUCAAGUACAGGAGACUAAGCGGUGUCAGCAAGGAUAUCUACGGCGAAGGAACCCAUCUGGUCAUCCCAUGGUUCGAGACGCCGAUCAUUUACGAUGUGCGUGCGAAACCGAGGAAUGUCUCCUCCCUCACCGGCACCAAAGAUCUCCAGAUGGUCAACAUCACCUGCCGUGUGCUCUCGAAGCCCGAUGUUCAGGCGCUCCCGCAGAUCUACCGGACCCUCGGCCAGGACUACGACGAGCGCGUGCUUCCCUCAAUCGUCAACGAGGUGCUCAAGAGCGUCGUUGCACAGUUCAAUGCGAGCCAGUUGAUUACCCAGAGAGAAAUGGUGGCAAGGCUCGUGCGGGAGAACCUCUCACGGCGAGCCGCGCGCUUCAACAUCCUGCUCGAUGACGUGUCCCUGACGCAUCUCGCCUUCUCCCCCGAGUUCACAGCUGCCGUUGAGGCCAAGCAGGUCGCACAACAAGAGGCACAACGCGCCGCGUUCAUUGUCGACAAGGCCCGGCAGGAGAAGCAGGCCAUGGUGGUGAAGGCCCAGGGUGAGGCCCGGUCUGCCGAGCUCAUUGGCGAGGCUAUCAAGAAGAGCAAGGCAUACGUGGAGCUGAAGAAGCUGGAGAAUGCCCGUGCGAUUGCCGGGCUAAUGCAGGAGGCCGGCGGCAAGAACAGGUUGCUCCUCGAUUCGGAGGGGCUGGGUCUGAAUGUGUUUGAGGAUAGAAGAAGUAAGGAGUGAGGAGAGGUCAUGGGGGCCGACAAAUAAUCUCCGCUGUAUGUUAUGGGACGGGACGAUACAUCAGUCCCUGUGUAACAACAUGAUGAUCCUGAUCUCAGGCUUAGUCGCAGUGGCACGGUCAUUGAGGUGUGUAUGCCCCGGAUGGAGCGAGCAUUUCCAGACGCUAUUCACAAGGGGAGAAGCCUGUUGCCGCCUAGCCGUCAUGGACAACAAAGCGCCACACGACAGCUACAAAGAAAUUAUAAUGGAAUUGACGAGACAUAAACGUCCCAGGUUAGUUCCUGGGAAGCAUUUAGAUGUAAAUUUUGCAGCCGUUGUCAUUG